AUGGUCCUCCUCAACGUCCCCCUCUUCGUCCUCGCCAUCACGGUCGACUUCAUCCACGCACUCGCCACUCCGCCUCUUCACCAUCCCACUACUGGCCUCUCCGAAGUGACCGGCUGGACCCACUUCCUCAACGCCUCCGCCCCCUUGAUCAACACAACCCAAGACUUCUACGAACUCAGCGACCUCCACAACGGCACCAUCCGCAUCGAUCGCGUCAACGGCCACAGCAUCGUCAUCGAGCACGUCUCCCGCGCCCAGAUCGCCACCUUGGCUCCGGGUAGCCCACUCGAUGUCAUGGCUGAGAGCGUCUUUCCUGACCUCCAAGUCGAUAAGGCCGCUCUUAAGGAGUCUUUGACAGGUGCUGCGGACUUGAUUGAGGGUUUCGAGGAUGGGAGCUUGACGUAUCAGCCGUUGGCUGAGAAGAACGGUGGGAGUGUUGUAACGGGUGGGGUCUCUAAGAUCCUGAUUGACAGUGGCAAGGUCGAGGGCGACAGUUCGCUGGUGGCGGAGGAGAAGAUUGCUGACUGCUAUCUAUCUGGUCUCAUCCUCGGACCGCAUAUCUCUACCCGGCUCAGGACUACUGGAUCGGCCCAAGGACCUGCUACAAAUGAUCUGCAGACUCACUGUACAACUGGCAAGGACCACUCUACCUCCUACAAGGCCCUCCGCGAGUCCAAUUGUGACGUCUACCUCGUCGUUAGUAGCUGCACCUUGGCCACCAAGCCAGAACCCUGCGGCAGCCGAAUUUGCGUCUUCUUCGCCUGCGUCCCCAACUAG